UCCGGCAAAGAUAUUUUCUCGGACCCCUUUUCACUUUAUCUCCUUUUUUUUCUAUAAAGAAAAUCGACGCUGUGAAUAAUCUAUCAUAAAUUAUUUGUUUCUGCCUUUCGCUUUUAUCUUUCAUUUCAUCAUCUUUUUCUUCUCUGCUCCACUUGCUAUAACCAAAUACAUUCCCUGCAUUUUGUUACUUUCAUAUGAUUUGAGAGGAACCCAUCUUCGAUUUCGAUUGUAUUUCAGCUCUGAUCAAGAUCUUGUUCCUUCAGCAUUUUGGGUUUAUCAAAUUAUCUGGGAGAAGGGAGUUUGUUUGAUCGGUAGAGCUUGGUGGGCUUUGAAUUGGAGGAGAUUCUGGUUGGUUGAGAAUAGUUAGAUCUACUCUAAGGCUUUUUAGCUAUGUCGUUUGUUGGCACCCAACAGAAGUGCAAAGCUUGUGAGAAGACUGUGUACCCUGUAGAUCAAUUAUCUGCUGAUGGAGUUGCUUUCCACAAGUCAUGUUUCAAAUGUAGCCAUUGCAAAGGAACUCUUAAGCUGAGUAAUUAUUCUUCAAUGGAAGGUGUCCUGUACUGUAAGCCUCAUUUUGAGCAGCUCUUCAAGGAAACUGGCAACUUCAGCAAGAACUUUCUAUCUCCUGCAAAGUCCUCCGAGAAGCCAACUCCAGAGCUGACUAGGUCACCGAGCAAAGCUGCCAGCAUGUUUUCUGGGACACAAGAAAAAUGUGCUACAUGUGGAAAAACUGCAUAUCCACUGGAGAAGGUGACGGUUGAGAGUCAAGCCUAUCACAAGUCAUGUUUUAAAUGCUCACACGGUGGCUGUUCUUUAUCUCCAUCAAACUAUGCUGCACUUGAUGGAAUUUUGUACUGCAAACACCACUUCUCACAGCUUUUCAAGGAAAAGGGAAGCUAUAACCAUCUGAUCAAAUCUGCAUCGAUGAAGCGUCAAGCGGCGACUUCCGAUCUGGACCCUUCAAAGGUUGAGUCAUAAACUUCCAAUUUGUGGUUUUGUUGAGUCCAUUUUCCCUCUGCUUUCCUCCUUCUGUGUGUUCUACUUUGAUCCUUUUGAUUUCAUGAUGAGAAACAAAAAAAGAAACUUGCACGAGUCUCCAGCUCGUCAUGUUGAGCCAAAUUGUUUGUCUGCUUGAUUCAUUGAACUUCAAACAAACCAUUUGAAAGUGGGAAUGAUUUGCCUAGACUUCAUGAAAACAUUUCGCAACAUUUAGUUUUGGGUUACCAGAAGAUAGAUAUGGAGUCAUUCUGUUCCCUGCUGAAUUCCUCUCUGUUUUCAUGUUGACAAGUACUUCAAAUGAUUUAGAAAACUUCACUUUCUCU